UGAUCAAAAUGCCAAGAUGGCGACGAGAUCGAACUUUUAGCACAUCGCACAAUACCCGUCGUUUAAAAUUACCUUCAAACUUACGAUAUUUACGUGACGGAUAUUUACAUAAUAUUAUACGAUUGAGCGAGGAGGGCUCGUUUAUUUGUCGUAACGAUUAAUCGCGUGUCGUCACGUCGAACACACUUAUGCGACACACGUUGGCCGAGAAAUUCGCGCCUGCUGGCGCAUAAUUCCGUGUUAAAAUUCCGCGAUUUAUUGCCGCUUGUUUGUAUGUAAAUAACGAUGGAUCCACGUUUGCAUAGAAGAUCCGAGCCGGAAAAGGGAUCGGGCGAUUUGAUUGUUGAAUGGAUAAAUGAGGCUUCUAUGAACCCCUCUGAAGAAGUUAAGGUUGCAAAUAUAUGUAAAAUACAGGAAUUUUUGUUGAAUAAAGAACCACAUUUGUUAGAGCUUUAUUUGGACGAUGUUCUUCAAUUUUCGAUAAAUAGAAGUGCUGAAGUCAGGAAAACUAUUACAGGAUUUAUCGAAGAAGCUGGAAUAAAACAAUCAGAGGUAAUUCCUCGUAUAGUUCAAAUACUUCUUACAUUAGCAUCAGAUGAAACAUCGGCUGUGGCUAAACGUGCACUUAGAGCCAGUGGUAGAAUUCUUAGAGCUGCUCUCAAAUGGAUUGCUAGCGCUACUGUCGUUACACCAGAAAUGGAGUUGGCAUGGACUCAACUAAGUGCUCUGAAAGUUCAAAUCAUAAAUAUGAUUGACAGUGAUAACGAUGGAAUAAGAACACAAGCUGUAAAAUUUCUUGAGGGUGUAAUUCUAAUACAGACAUAUCCAGAUCCUGACAGUCCAAAGAAAUCUGAUGACUUUUCUCUCGAAGAUAUUCCACUAACAUUGAAAAUAGCUCGUAGACGAAAAUUAGAAGAAGAAGCCAAUCAUGUUAUGGACUUGUUGAUUAAGUUUCAUGGAUCUCCACAUGUUAGUAGCGUCAAUUUAAUGACAUGCAUGGGAUCAUUGGCAUUAAUUGCCAAAAUGAGACCACAGUUUAUGCCAAAUGUUAUAUUAGCUCUACAGAGGUUGCAACAUGAUCUUCCACCAACGCUAUCUGAUUCUCAAGUAACUAGUGUACAAAAACAAUUAAAACUCACGCUUCUUGGAUUAAUAAAACAUCCUGCUAGUGUAGAAUAUGCUUCAACCAUAGCUAAACAAUUAGCUCAACUUGGAGCAAAAGAGCAGGAAAUUAUUAAGGCCUAUCCAAAGCCAGAAGAUGUUCGUCGAAUAAAAAAGCGUCAACAGGAAGUAGCAGCUGCUAGUGUUGCAAAACGAGCAAAGAUUGAUGUGGCUCUAAUAUCCGAGGAAGUAGAAGCGGCCUCAAGUCUUCUUCCUUCAUUUAAAUUACCAGAAUUAAUUGAACUUUCUGAAAGUUUUAUUGCUGAAAGACUUAGUGUAGAGAUUGCAACAGAUUUAGUGAUGGACAGUAUGGCAUGGGUACCAGAUACUAUGACAACAAUUUUCCAAAGGGAAUAUCAACCUACUGCAACUACUGAUAUUAAUAUACAACGUCAAACAAUCGCUAAACUGUUAGCAGUACAAAUCAAACAAACUAAAGCAAAAAAGCACAAAAAAGAUACUAAGGAGGAAGAUGCUGUAAUGGAAGAUUUAAUUAAGAAUCCCACUAUUAGUGUAGCUGAGGCAAAGCGUGAGCGUAAACGCGAAAAAGAUCGCGAGAAGGAGAAAGAAGCGAAAGCAUCAUUGGAGGCUCAUGAAAAAUCUCUUGCAAAAGCUAGAAAUCGUUUGAAGGCAUUAAAAUUAACUGAAGUGACAAAACCACUUUCAAAGGAAAUUAAAGAGCGAAUGUUAUUAAUGGCAGUCAAUCGAAUAUUACUUUCAGAAAAAACUGCAGUUCUCGGUGGCGUAGCCGCUAUAAGAUCUAAAAUUCUGACUACUCUGGCAGCUACUUUUAAUCCUUAUAUUAAGGAAGCUGUACUGCGAUAUAUUACCGAUGAUAUGCGAAAUCGAUUAGAUCUAGCACUAGGUUGGCUGUACGAAGAGUAUGCAUUAUUGCAAGGAUUUCAGAGGCGAACUACAUUGUGUACAAAACCACAGGAAGCUCCACAUCAAGCAUACAACUUUUUAUUAUGCACCUUAGUGUCAGCUAUCGAUUUAGUUCAGGGUAAAGAUCGCGAUACAUUGUUAUCCAGAUUAUAUCUGGAGGCACCACUAAUAACCGAAGAUGCUGUAGAAGCCUUAAAAAUGGUGUCGUCUGAUGAAAUUAGAGGUCUUGCACCAUUGCAGCUUCUGAAAGAAAUGGUAGUGCGUAGGCCAACAAAACAACUGGUAUUUUUAAAUGUCUUAUUAUGCCAUACCGGACAUGAAAACAAUACAAUACGGGAGGCUGCAAUACAAUUAGUCUGUCAGUUGUACAGCAGGCCAGAAUUAAGUAAAUUGAUUGAGGAAUAUGCAGUUCUAUAUCUAGGCUUUUUACGCCUUCAUAACCCACCUGAAAUUGUUUUUGGGCAAGAUAGAGGCAGACCGCAAAUUGAGAGCCAAUGGACUGAAUCAACUACACGUGCUUGUUUAGGUUUAUAUCUUGCUCUUCUUAGUGAACAUCAAGAUCUUAUUCACGAGUUAGCGAGAGUGUAUACAUCAAUGGCAGCAGAUGUGAAACGUAUUGUAUUAAGAUUAGUGGAGGGGCCAGUAAGAUCUUUAGGUAUGGGUAGCCCACAACUGCUUGCACUUGUUGAAAAUUGUCCAAAAGGAUCUGAAACUUUAGUCACAAGAAUUAUACAUAUUCUUACAGAGAAAUCUGCUCCAAGUACAGAGUUAGUAGCCAGGGUACGAGAGUUAUAUCAGACUAGAGUCUCCGACGUCAGAUUUUUAAUACCUGUCCUAAAUGGACUCACAAAAAAAGAAGUGAUCGCCGCACUUCCAAAAUUGAUAAAAUUGAAUCCUAUCGUCGUAAAAGAAGUAUUUAAUAGAUUACUUGGAACACAUAACAAUGAUAGUGGUGUACCGCAUACAUCGCCUAUUACACCUGCAGAAUUAUUAAUAGCUUUACAUAAUAUAGAUCCAAGCAAGGCUGAAUUAAAAACUGUUAUCAAAGCAACUUCUCUUUGCUUUGCUGAAAAACAAGCAUAUACGCAGGAAACGGUCGCGGUUGUAAUGCAACAUCUUAUGGAGAUGACACCUCUGCCAACACUACUGAUGCGCACAGUUAUACAGAGUUUGGCCCUUUAUCCCAGGCUAAGCGGAUUUGUCAUGAACAUACUUCAGCGUCUGAUUCUGAAGCAAGUGUGGAAACAGCCAAAAGUAUGGGAGGGCUUUGUCAAAUGUUGCGAACGCACGCAACCGCAAAGUUUUGCCGUUAUUCUGCAAUUACCGCCGGCACAAUUGGCAGAGGCGCUCCGAAUGGCCAGUAAUUUACGUGCUCCUUUGCUAGCCCAUGUUGAAGCUUUUGCCGAGAAUCAGAAAGCACACAUUCCACAAUCGAUAAUGGAUGUCAUACAGGGUAAAGUGCCCUGUGACAUGCACGAUGAGUUUGAUAUUGCACCACCUGACGAUUAUUCGAAUGAUCAAAAACCAGAUACAAUGGAAAUUGAUCUUUCGGAACCAGCUCCUCCCGGUUUAGAUUAGCAUAAAGUCAUUCCAGUAUUAGGAUCAGAAGCAUCGUCUACCGAAUAUCCUAAUAUUUAACGAAUCUGCACUGUAAUCCAUACAGUAAAUUAUUUUUUAUUUUAUUUUUUUUUGCAUUGCUGUAAGCCAUGUGAAAGACAGCUACAUAUUGCAUUGACAAUGAUCCCUAUUUAUAGGCCCAUUUGGCAUUGAGUAUAAUUUUGAGUUUGAAACUUUAUUCAAUUAACAUUUAGCAGUAAAUGUUCGACUGUAAGAAGAGUAAAAUCGCAAACACUUUAAGAUAAAACAAUAAGAUCUAGAUAGCAGCAAUUUAAGUGAUUAUUAAUAUUCUUUUUUUAUCAUUUUGAUUUGAUAUUAUACAUAUCGUUGAUUUUAAAUCACUGUCAUCUAUAUAUUCAUUUUAAUAUUUAAUGUGACAGCGUAUGGAUGCUAUCUGACUCUUCUCAUAUAUAAAUUAUGCUAUUGAUAAUUUCUGAUAUAUUUGAAAAAAAUAUCAAUUUUCUUAAAAUCUCUAGAAACUUUUUUAUAUUUAUGAUUAAUGUCUUAAUUUGCAUUACGCUAUAAUUCUUAUGUAUAUACAGAGAAAGAAAUAUCAGUGUUGUAAGUUAGCUAAAAUAUAAUAUUUAUAUUAUAUAUUUAUAUGUAUAUAUCUAUCAGAUAUAUUUCAUAUAAAAUAUACAUGAAGCUUUAGAGAAUAGGAAAUUAGAUUAGUUAAAUCAUCAAUUAUUUGACGCGACAGAAAUUUUAUCUUAUAGAUUUUUAAUUUUCUAAAAUUAGAAGCUCGCGACACACACUCACACACACAUUUCUCGAUUAAUUACUUGUUCGCUCGCGUGACAUCGCAACUUAAACAGCCAUUUUACAGUAAUAUAAAUUCGCUUGAAAAUUACUCUUGCAUCGCGAUUAUUACAAAAAUAAUAUUUCAUUGGAAUAGAUAAAAAUAUAACACCCUGUUCAUAUUAUAGUUUGGUACAAUUGAUUCGUUGUAUAUUACUAUGUUGCUUGUGCAUAAGAAUUAAAUUAAUCGCAAAUUAGUUUCAAAAGAUUGCACAUAUAUGUAUAUAUGUAUGUUAGAAAUUAUAUAAUACUUGUGUCCUCAAAAAAAUUUAAUAUACAUAAAACAUAAAUGAAUUUAAUCAUGGAAUUUAACAUAACAGAAUCAUAUAAAAAUAAUUUAAGUAAACAAUUUUUUUCAUGACAGCGUAUAUAAUUCGCAUUGUGUAAAAAACAAUAAAAUAUUUUUUAUUAUAUAAAAAAAUUCUCACAUAUCUGUUGCAUGUCUGUGCAUCUAUUAUAUUUUUUAUGUUAAGGAAUAAAUGAAUAUAAAACAUUAUUAUACAUACAAAACAGUUUUAAAUAAAUGUUUAAAAAAACAUGGGUAAAAAAAUUAGAAAUUUCUUGUGAGAAACAAUAUCUAGUAAGAAUUUCAAGAAUAAUAAUAAUAAUCUGUUCAAAAGUGAAACUCUACUAUUAUUCCCUGGAAAUACUUAAUUAUUUCAUUUGCACAUGUACAUUAGGUAUAAGAUAUUUUUAUGUAUAGGAUAUUGCAUACUUAUGUGUAACAUCAACUCCAACAAAACUGUCUCUAACAAAUCAACAUGAAAGCCUUUUUUGGAAGAAUUCUAAAAAUAGAAAAAAACUUAAUAGUGUAUUAAAUAUUUUUAUUAUAUCUCAUAUACAUUUAAAAAAAAAGCUGAAGUACUUGCGAAUAUGAAGGUAUAAUAUCCGCGAAUGAGCGAGCAGAAAACAAACAAGAAAAACACGAGCGAAAUGUUCACGUGUAACAAUUUUAAACAGUUUUUUUAUCGGUCGCAUCGAAGGAAGAAUAAGUCUAUUAUCUCUUAUGAUCUAAUAGGCUUUAUAUUUGAGAGUGUCAAAACAACAGAUUACACCUGAUAUUUCUAUCUUUGUAUAACAUGCUAUAGAUUCUUUAUAAGCUUAUAGAGAGAGAUAUUUGAAAAAAGUGGUCAUUGUAUCAAAGUUUUUGAUAAAAUUCAUAUUUAAUAUGUCAUCUACAACCAUUUUU